GCAAAUGCAGUCUCCUUCCCGAGGUGGCAGCCUGUAUGGGUUGAUUGGGUACCUGGUGUCGACAGCGGACAGACAGCUGCAUUCCUCGCCGUAACACACGUGACGGCUUGGUCACUUACUCCCUACUCCGUACUGCUUGGUUUACAAAAGGAGAGAAUUGGCCAUCCUCCCCACCUCCUUUCGCCGCCCAACUGCGACGCACCGACUGCGACAACCGUGUCAACCUAAAGGCCGUUACCAUGGCUGCAAUCACGUCAAACGACUUUGUCUCCUGGGAUGACUUCGUCAGAAUCCGCAACUCUCAAGAUGAACAACUCGGACGAGAGUUUGCCGCUCUUCGCCAGAGACUCGACGGCGUGGAGCAGACUGUCGCAGCCGAAUUCGGCAUGUUCCGCGACUUCCUCAUCGAGGUCCAACUAGACUCCCGGCGCACCGCAGCCCGCCUCCAGAACUAUAUGCUGAAGCAUUCGUACCUGCCGAUUUCACCCGUUCCUGCCUACGACCCACUCCACGGCAUCAUCAAUCCUGACCCUGCCCUAUUCCCUGGGAGCGUCGGCGCUUUCUAUAAGUUGUUGCACCCAUCAAACGACGACGAGAUACAGAUGCUAUCGUAUCUCAUUUCGUUCUACGACAUUCAACUCUUUACGCCGCAGGACGAGGAUGAGGCACGACCGGAAGGCAGCGAUUUUGAGAGAGCCGUCGAAAGGUUAGAGGUGAUCCUUGGUUUGAAUGGGGACAACUUCUCCAAGCUCAAGGAACCACUCGCCGAGGGGCACGGGGCCGAAGGACGCCGGCCAAGGCUCGAGCCACGCCCGAAUAUACCGGUCGUACACAAGAGUCGCCUCUCGGAAGAGUUUUCUAAUAAUACCAGGUUGGAAUGGAGGGCUCGGACUCGCUCAACGCCAUCAUCGCAGCGCCCAACGAUCUACAAUCUGUGGAAGGCUAUGGAAGCAGAGAAACGUGCAGAACAAGAGAAACUUGCGGAACAAGAGAAACUUGCAGAACAAGAGAAACUUGCAGAACAAGAGAAACUUGCAGAACAAGAGAAACUUGCAGAACAAGAGCCGCUAGGCAGCGAUGCCACAGGUUCAACCAGACCUUUCACAAACCCCCGGAAACCCUAGCGGCCCUUCUCGAGACAAAGGUGCCUUUUUCGUUCUGCAUGGAUAAGGCUAUCUCUCCUGGUUCGCUCUUUUUUCCCUUCACGUCCCUUGCCCUUUCAAGUCCUAUGCGCCCCCUACCUUACAUUAGCUAGUUGUUCGACAUGGCUUCUAGUUGGCGGUCUUUUAAUGGUCUUCUCUGUAGGUAAUGUUCUUGGUCUUUAGCUUAUUGGAAAGGAGGAAUCUUUUUCUUCUCCAAAGUUACUCGAGAUAGUGCCAGACGUCGCGAUAUCAUGUCGUAACUUAGGAACAAUUUACUUUGAAGCUAUCUACUAACUAUCGUCAUUCCUCUACUCUAUGUCCAAGCUCUCUUCGCCUCCCUAUCCAAUAGACCAUCGUCGUGCCCUUGCUUAGCUACCGUACUAGAUAGGCCCUCUCCUCUCAAACCAACUACAAACCUAUCUAUAUCAUUAUAACUCCUAGCGCCUGGCCC